AUGUCUGACCAGAUAUUCUAUAUUCAGCCUAACUUAUCCUCUAUUUCCUGGGAGAGCAGUGCAGCAGCAGCAGUGCCUCCCAUGUCUCCUUCUACACCUGCAUACUACCAUGUCCUCUACCAAGGAUGUGGAGAAACCCAAGUAGGCUGGCAUGGGGAGGCAUAUUGCCUGGUUGAUGGUUACCAGUAGCUCUAUGGAGAUGCUCCCUUGGCCAUUCCACCAAAGGCCAAAGCAUAGAGGCCAGCAGAGAAGCCAAAAAGACCAAAGCAGAGAGCCAAAGGGGCUCCAAAGAAACACUGUGCUCCAGCAGAGGCGGAAAAGGCUCUGUGUUUCCCUAGCCCCCAAAUUCAUGGCUUUAAGCACACUGGCAAGAGACCAUUCCCACAAAGGCUUGCAGGCUGA